AUGUUUUCAUAUUAUUUUUUAUUCGCUACCUGCCCAACUAAUGCAAUUUUGUAGCGUAUGUAUCCCUCUGUCGACCAAAUGCCACUUUAAAGCUAUUUUAUUUGUACAGUUGUUCACUGUUGUGCCUUACUUCAUCUCUAAAUCCUGUCAUUUACUGCUGGAAGAUGAUACAAGUGCGCCGUGGCACCGUAAGGACUCUGCAAAAUAUUUUUCUCCGUCGGAACUGGACGGAAGGUUCAUAUGGAACUUCGAAGCUGCCUUGUCUGAAUCCGUCUCAGUUGUCUUGGAAUAAUCGUUAUGAUGAAGAACAAAAAUAA